ACGCAACUUAUUAAAUUGCUAUGGCGGAGGCUUAAUUUUGUGAUUGAAUUUAUUUACUAUUCUGCUCCGUCAUUGCGUUAAGAUAAGCUUUAAUUGAAUUUUUAACAGAAACCAUGGAUAGCAAUAAAGAUGAAGCAGAACGGUGUAUGGAACUCGCGGAAAGGUAUCUGCGAGAAAAGAAGUAUGAAGAGGCUGAAAAAUUUGUACGUAAAGCACAGAAACUUUAUCCGACGAAAAAAGCAGAAGAUGUAUUAGCAAAAAUAACAAUGCUAUCGAAACAAAAUCAAAAGUCUGAGUCUGAACCUACUGUCAGAAAACGUCAAACAACAACUAAGGAAGCCACACAUACUCAAACUUCUAUUGAAUAUUCAAAGGAUCAACUUGAAUAUGUUAAGAGGAUUAAAAAAUGCAAGGAUUAUUAUGAAAUAUUAGGGGUAACCAAAGAAGCAACUGAUAGUGAUAUUAAGAAAGCAUAUAAAAAGCUAGCACUCCAAUUACAUCCAGAUAAAAAUAAAGCACCGGGUGCUGCUGAAGCUUUUAAAGCUAUUGGAAAUGCUGUUGCUAUUCUCACUGAUGUGGAAAAGAGAAAACAAUAUGAUAUGUAUGGUCCUGAAGAAGAAAGAAUGCAGAAUGUUCAAACUAGACAAAAUCAUGCACAUUACAAUUACACAAGAGGAUUUGAAACUGACAUUACAGCAGAAGAAUUGUUUAACAUGUUCUUUGGAGGUGGAUUUCCACAACAAGAAUUCUACACAAGACGUUCUGGAAGAUGGGCAAGACAGGCUGAUGCGCAAGCUCAACAUGCUCAUUCACAGCAAACAAAUGGAUAUACCACAUUCCUUCAGAUGUUGCCUGUUUUAUUAUUAAUAUUAUUAACUAUGAUGAGCAGUUUCUUUAUAUCAGAUCCUGUAUAUAGCUUGCAUUCGAACGCAAAAUAUUCUGUCCUGAGAACAACUCAAGGAUUAAAGGUGCCAUACUAUGUCAAAGAAAACUUUCAUACCGAAUAUCAAGGCAGUUUACGUAGGCUAGAAAUUUCUGUCGAAGAAGAGUACCUGAAUAACUUGAGACACGCCUGUUUUAGAGAGAAAAGUUAUAGGGAUACAAUGAUGUGGAAAGCAAGAAACUUUGGAGAUCAAGAUUUAUUUUUCAAAGCUAAAAAUAUCGAACUUCCCUCGUGUAAGAGGGUACAAGAUUUACAAGGAGCAUAGCGACACUAUGUAAUUGAAUAGAGUGUUAUUUGUAGAUAGGUGUACAUUGUAUUUACACGUGUGUAGUUAUUACUGGAUUAAAUGAAGAAUAUCAAACAUAAUACGUAUGCGAAUGUAUACAUUGUAUAUCGUCGCCUCCAGAUUUACAAAUGAUAUUCUUCAUGGUCCAUUAUGAAUUUUUCACAUAGAAAAUGUAAGCUUUUUAUUCUAUUCUCAAAUCGUAAAUUGGUUGUUAACAAGAUUGAUUGUAGUAGCGUGUAUGAUAAAUUUAUGAUAUACAUCAGUCAAACAUAUAACUUAUAGUUGAUCAGACUGAGAAUGCAAUUUUAUAAAUCGUUUGAUUUAUGCAUACUACACUAGAAUUAUUUAGAUUUCGUUUUAUUACGACACAAGAAUAGUUCAGUGGUAUAGGCAGUAGUAAAGAUAUUGAUUUUUAAAUAUUUCUCGUGAUUCAUUAGUGUCAGUAAAAUUUUAAUAUUUAAAUCUUGCCGUAUUGGUAAUGCCAUUGAGUAUAAUAGUUUAAUAAUGAAAAAUUAAAAGAUUGUUCGACGCUAAUAUAACAAUUCUCAUGAUUUUGAUAGAAGUAUUGUUGCAAUAUUUAAAGCUGCUCGUGUAUGAAAAGCUCUAGAUAACAAAGAUUUAGAAAACUCAUUAAACGUUAAUCAUAAUAAUAUUUAUGAAAAUAUGUAGGAAUAAAUUAUAUAUUGUAUGCUAAAGUCAUUAACGUUAGAAGGAAACAAAUGAAAUUGUUGUACGCAUUUUUGUUAAAUAAAAAAAAUCCAAUUGUUCUGACGUUCAAAAAAUAGUACCAGUUUGUAAGGCCUAUGUUGAUUGCGUUAACACUUAUUCAAACGAGUUUUGUUUCUUAUCUGAACAAGCAAUCAGAUUUACAGUAUUAAUGUUAAAGAGUUACUAGUUACUAGUUACAUUCCUUCUGUUAUCACGAAAAAUACACGAUGACGAAUACACAAACAUCUAUAUAUAUAUACAUCAUUCUACUUAUGAAAUUGUAAUUAAAAUUACAGAGAGAAAGCAUUAUGUAAAUUUUCUUUCACUCGUAAAAUUAUAACAAGUGACCUUCGUUAAGUUGCUGAGAAAGAACCGUACACGUCAUCGUGUUACAAAUUUUUAUAUGAACACAAAACUGAACGAAAUUUUUAAGAUAAAAUGGUCAGUCGUUAAUUAUAAAUUACAAUGUUACAUAUGGAUAAUUGUAAAAUAGAUAACCAAUGUACUUGCUUUGAGAAAAGCCUGUUCGUGUGACGUUGAAGUUUAUAGACACUAAUUGUUUUCUUUUUUAAUGGAUUCUAUGAUUACUCAUGUUUGAAAUCGAAAAUAUUUAUGCGAUCUGAUUCAUCCAACCGCACAUAUCAAAUUUGUUCACGAUCCAUUUUAAUAGCCCAUAUUUGUUUAAAUGUAUGUUAUACAUGUUAAAGUAUUUUAACUAGCUUCUAAAUAAAAGAGUUUUAAACACA